AUGUCCCCCGACACAUCAUGGCCAGUGAGGCAAACGACACUUUCACCACCGUCUCUUCAAUCGCUCGCCGACGCCAUUGAUGCUGGGCUGUCAUCCAAUUUUGCAGUCGCUUCCUGUACAGUUGACUCACCGCCAGACCUUACUCUUCCACCUUUCCAUCUUGCAGCACCAGGUCUCAAUGGUUCCUCUCGCGUCGUUGACAUUGGUGGACCUCCUAACCUUCUUCCAUCUCCUAACCUUUCCAAGAAGUAUGACAUGCUUUCAAUCUGUCAACAGAUUGAUAUGAACCCUUCCUCGGGCUUCAUGUUGGGUGCUGGAGCUGGCCCCUUCCAUGUGUUGGGACAAAACUCUGAGUUAAUGCCCAAUUUCGCCUAUGGGUCAGCUGCUGGUUCCAGUCCAACUCGCAAUCGCACUCACUACGCAAAGAUCACACCAUCUGAUGACGUAACUUGCUGUCAGCUUCCCGACAGCACAGCUUUCGGCUUGAUGUGCAACCUAUUUUGUUCAGAAGGUGCUCCUGGUCCCUGCCUCCACAUCGUUGCGAAAUCCCGUACUGGACCGCUCAAUUUCACCGAGACGAUUCAACAAGCAAUAAAGACGUCGUUUGGAGACAAACUCGUUUCUCUGGGCGGAGUUUUCUUGAUCAAGCGAGGCAGUGUGAAUCUCCAUGUAAUGCCUGACUUCCUAUCACGGCCAUUUGAAUCCCGAGAAGGCGUGGAAGCAUGGUUACGCUAUUUUGAUAUGCAGUUUGACCAUGAUGACCCCCUCAUUUGUCUCAGCGUCUUGCACUCGGGAAAUGAUGGUGGAAUGGGGCUGAGGAUGGAGCACACUCACUGUUUCACUGUGGAUGCUAAUGGCGACGAUGAUAAAUCAACAACAAAAGGUGGGCAUUACCACUAUGAUCUCGAGGCGACAAAAGAGGAAGUUGAGUACGAAGGAUGGUUCAAUAUCGCCGAGAUGUUGUAUCGUAUCGAUCAGCCUUGA